AUGGACAACGGGUCGUGCUGCCUCAUCGAGGGGGACCCCAUCUCCCAGGUGAUGCCGCCGCUGCUGAUCCUGGCCUUUGUGCUUGGCGCGCUGGGCAAUGGUGUCGCCCUGUGUGGUUUCUGCUUUCACAUGAAGACCUGGAAGCCGAGCACUAUUUACCUUUUUAACCUAGCUGUGGCCGACUUCCUUCUCAUGAUCUGCCUGCCCUUCCGGACAGACUACUACUGGAGACAUAGGCAAUGGGCCUUCGAGGACAUUCCCUGUCGGGUGGCCCUCUUCAUGCUGGCCAUGAACAGGGCGGGGAGCAUCAUCUUCCUCACAGUGGUGGCCGUGGACAGGUACUUCAAAGUGGUCCACCCCCACCACAUGGUGAACACCAUCUCCAACCGGACUGCGGCUGGCAUCGUCUGUGCCCUUUGGACCAUGGUCAUCCUGGGGACUCUCUAUCUUUUGAUGGAGAACCAUCUUUGUGUGCAUGAGAAGACCAUAUCUUGCGAGAGUUUCAUCAUGGAGUCGGCCAACGGCUGGCACGACAUCAUGUUCCAGCUCGAGUUCUUCCUGCCCCUCGGCAUCAUCCUGUUUUGCUCCUUCAAGAUCGUUUGGAGCCUGAAGCAGAGGCGGCAGCUGGCCAGGCAGACUCGGAUGAAGAAGGCUACCCGGUUCAUCAUGGUGGUGGCCGUUGUGUUCGUCACGUGCUACCUGCCCAGCGUGUCGGCCAGACUCUAUUUCCUCUGGACGGUGCCCUCGAGCGCCUGUGACCCCUCGGUCCAUGUAGCCCUCCAUGUCACCCUCAGCUUCACUUACAUGAACAGCAUGCUGGACCCCCUGGUGUAUUAUUUUUCGAGUCCCUCGUUCCCCAGAUUCUACACCAAGCUCAAAAUCUGCAGUUUGAGACCUAAGAGUCCAGGACGCCCCAAGACCCAGAGGCCGGAAGAGAUGGCAAUUCCAAACCUCUGUCACAAGAGUUGUGUCAGCAUGGCAAAUGGCUUCCAGAGCCAGCCCGACAUGCAGUAGGAUCUCCAACUGUGCCGAAUGGUGCUGAAACAGGCAGACAAAACCAAGGAGGACAGA